GACUCCAAGGGCGGCCCGUUCGUCCCUGUGGGGUUUGUCGGCCGGAGGUUCGGAGCGCUAGGUCCGGUCCGGAUCCGGGUGCCGGUUCCGAAGGCGGCGGGAGCCUCUCCCCGCCGCACGGACGCGGGCGUGAGGCUCGGCGGCCCCGCGAGGGACCCGCUUCGGGGCGGGAGGUGCCGCCCCGCCCGCAGGUCCGAUGGCGGCGGCCGCGCCCCGGCGCCCGGCUGAGGACCGUGUGACCUUUGAUGACGUGGCCGUGUACUUCUCCCGGGAGGAGUGGAGGCUCCUCGAUGAGGCUCAGAGAGGCCUGUACCACCAUGUGAUGCUGGAGAACUUGGCCCUUGCCUCCUCUCUGGGUUGCUGCUGUGGAGCGGACGACGCGGAAGCACACGGGGAACAGAGGGUUUCUGAGGGCGUGUCGCAGGGGAAGAGUCCCAAGGCAGCCUCGUCUUCCCAGGAGAGACACCCCUGUGGGCGCUGCGGGCCGGUCCUGAGGGACGUUUUCCGCCUGGUCGAGCAGCAGGGGACGCAGCACAGCCAGAAGCUGCUGCGGUGCGGGGCGUGCGCAAAGCGGUUUUAUUUCCGUGUAAACUGUCACCCGCCUGAGGAGCAGCCCGUGGGAGAGGAACCCUUCGGAAGUAGUGCCGACACGGCCUCAUUCACAAAAAGCUGCAGCAUCCACAUGUCAGAGAAGACCUUUACCUCUGAGCAGGGUGAGGGGGACUCCCUGCCCAGCUUGGGACAGCAGCAGCAGCAGCAGCAGCUGACUCAGAAAGCAAAGGAGCCGAAGGAGGGUUUCCAGUGGGAGGCACCUUCACAAAGCAGAGCAAGUCCUGACCCUCCAGGGAAAUGCAAAAAGGCCUUUAACCCCAAACGCCUGCUUGUUCCGGACCAGGAUGUCGAUACUGCAAGAAAAUGUUUUGUGUGCAGUGAGUGUGGAAAAAUAUUCAGGUACAAGUCCCCAUUUGUUACUCAUUGCAGACUCCACACUGGAAAAAGUACUUAUGUGUGUGGCAAAAGUGGAAAAACCUUUAGUGGAAGUUCAACCCUCAGGCAACAUCGAAAAAUUCAUGUAGGUCCAAGGAGGUACAAAUGCAGCAAAUGUGGGAAAUCUUUAAGCCACAAAACUGUCCUCAUUAAUACCCAAGAACAACACAACGGGGAAGACAGUUAUGUGUGCAGCAGAUGUACAGAGCUUUUUAGUCUCUGUGCAGUGUCCAUUGAAUACCCGAAAGUUCAUUUGCAAGAAAAACCUUAUAAGUGUCAGGACUGUGAAAAAUCGUUUACCUCUGUCGCUGCCCUCAGUUAUCAUCAGAGCUCUCACACUGGAGAAAGACCUUAUGGGUGCAGUGAUUGUGGGAAAUCUUUUAUCUCUAGGUCUGAUCUCCGUUAUCAUCAGAGAGUUCACACUGGAGAAAGGCCUCAUGCGUGCAAUCAAUGUGGGAAAUCUUUUAUCACUCGUACAGCUCUUCGUUAUCAUCAGCGUGUUCACACUGGAGAAAGGCCAUUUGAAUGUAGUGAAUGUGGGAAGUCCUUUACCCGAAGAAAUAACCUCCUUAUACACCUGAGAGUUCAUUCAGGGUACAGGCCUUAUGAGUGUGGUGAAUGUGGGAAAUCUUUUACCUUUAGUUCGAGCCUCCGCUGUCAUCACAGAGUUCACACUGGAGAAAGGCCGUAUGACUGCAGUGAGUGUGGGAAAUCUUUUAACAAUAGGUGGACACUUGUUAGACACCUGAGGAUUCACACAGGAGAAAAGCCUUAUAUAUGCAGCAAAUGUGGCAAAUCUUUUACUUGUAGUUCCACGCUUCAGUAUCAUGAGCGAGGCCACCUUGGGAAAAGGCCUUAUGAGUGCACUGAAUGUGAGAGAUCUUUUACUACUAGCUCUGCCCUCCGUUAUCAUCAGAGUGUUCACACAGGAGAAAGGCCUUAUGAGUGCAAUGAAUGUGGGAAAUCUUUUAUCUCCAGAUCUGACUUCCAGUAUCAUCAGAAAACUCACUCAGGGGAAAGGCCUUAUGAGUGUAAUGAAUGUGGAAAAUCCUUUAUUCGAAAAAAUAACCUCAUUUUACACCAGAGAGUACACACAGGAGAAAGACCUUAUGAGUGUAGUGAAUGUGGGAAAUCUUUUAACAAUAAGUCGACACUCAUUCAACAUCGGAGAGUUCACACAGGAGAAAAACCUUAUGUGUGCACUGAAUGUGGAAAAUCCUUUACUUCUAGCUCCACCCUCUCCUAUCAUCUGAGAACUCAUGCGGGAAAAAGGCCUUAUGAAUGCAGCGAAUGUGGCAAAUCCUUUACAUCUAGUUCCACCCUCAAUUACCAUCAGAGAGUUCACACAGGAGAAAGGCCUUAUAAAUGCAAUCAAUGUGGAAAAUCUUUUACUUUUAGCUCGAGCCUCCGUUAUCAUCACAGAGUACAUACCGGGGAAAGGCCGUAUGAGUGCAGUGAGUGUGGAAAAACUUUUAAGGAUAGAUCACAAUUCACUAAACAUCAGAGAGGUCACACUGGAGAGAGACCUUAUGAGUGUAAUGAAUGUGGGAAAUCUUUUAGCCACAAAUCUUCCCUCUCAAUACACCAGAAAAUUCAUAAUAGAGAAAGGUCUUACAAGUGUAGUGAGUGUGGGAAAUCUUUUACCUCUACCUCUGGUCUUGGUUAUCAUCGGAGACUUCACAGGGGAGAAAGGCCAUACCAGUGCAUUGAAUGUGGGAAAUCUUUUACCAGCAGCUCGAUACUAGUUCGACACCAGAGAGUUCACACUGGUGAAAGGCCUUAUGAGUGUAGGGAAUGUGGGAAAACUUUUGCCAGUAGUGACACACUGUCUUAUCAUCAGAGAGUUCACACAGGAAAAAAGCCUUACAAAUGCAGUCAAUGUGGAAAAUCUUUUGCCUCCGGUUCCACCCUUCGUUACCAUCAGAGAGUUCACACAGGAGAAAGGCCCUAUGAGUGCAGUGAAUGUGGGAAAUCUUUUAUCUGUAGUUCCAAACUUCGUUAUCAUCUUCGAGUUCACACUGGUGAAAGGCCUUACGAAUGCAGUGAAUGUGGAAAACUGUUUAGGGAUAGUUCCCAAUUCAGUCAACACCGGAGAGGUCACACUGGAGAAAGGCCUUACGCAUGCAAUGAAUGUGGGAAACUUUUUAUACGGAAAUCUACGCUCUUGCAACAUCAGAGAGUUCACAUAAGGGAAAGUCCUUAGAAGUGCUAGAGAAAUCAAUUUUCAGUUCAGUGUAAAAGCCCUGGAGGAAAUUCCUUCAGAACUCAUUUGUCUGAAUUGAGACUCGCAUCUGAGUAUGUACAGUGGAUAGAUUCCCAUAAGUUUCAUUUAAGAGAAGCGUGUGUAAAUACGUUAUACUUUCUGAUUGGCCGGGACUCUUCCUAGAUUUAUGAGGCUAAAGUUAUUUAAUUUUCCCACUGGAAUGUGCUUAAGACUUUUUGCAACAGUCAUGGCCUAAUGUGUUCUGGGAAGCUGACCUCUGGUUUCAUAUAUUGUAGCAGUCUAGGAAUAACCAAACCCUCAGUAGUCAGCUUUCCCUUAAUGACUAAUUUAGACAUGGAUUUCAGUCAGUAUCCCAACUUCUGCUUCAAGCUUACAGAGAAAUGACUACCAGUUCCAGGGAUGUGUUGGUCUCACAUGAUACUUGUGAUGAAAUUUACCAGCUUGCAGUUCCUGAACUUACUGCUUUGCCUUGUAAAACAAUUGAGGCCUUAUUUUUUCUUUGUUAAUCUUCAUCUGAGGGUAUUUUUUCUGUUAGAUUUUAGAGAAAGUGGAAGGGGAGAGGCAGAAGAGACAGAAACAUCACUGUGAGAGAGAGAUUGGAUGGGUUGACUCUCACACAUAUUACAACUAAGGGCCAGGGACCAAACCCGCAACCCAGGUACGUAACUUUGAUAAGGAUAACCUAAGGUAAUUCAGAAUGUGGGAAAUGCUCUAAAAAUUGAGUCAGAACUGCCAGGGCCAAAAGACAUCUUGAAUAUGGCAAACCAAAACCAGAGUGUUAUGCUCUCCUCUUCAUGUAUAAAAUAUACUUUGGGUAAACAUAAAGUUAGGAAAACUUAGACAUGAUUUUUAUUGAAGUGCUAACAUCCUGAUAAAGUUUUAUAGAGUGCAGACAUGUCUGAACAGCUCAUAAAAUAAUUGAUUUCGCCCAUAAUUAUCAACCAAUUACUUCACAUGUAUUCAAUGACAGCUAGCAGAGUAGACAAAAUUCCAGUGGGUAAAAAUGUUACUGGAUGAAAAACCUUUUAACAGUUGAACUCACUAUGCAAAGUUCACAACACAAAAAUGACACUGGUCCUUCAUAUCAUCUGUGCCUAAAGCAAUCAGAAGCCUCAGUUCUGUGCAGCGGUGUGGCUAGAAUCAAGGAUUGGAUCUAAUGCCUUUGACUCCACUUGGUAUUCACUGCAAACAAAGGAGAACAAGUUAAAGACAUCAGAGGUGUGCCAUACACGUAUUCCGGGAAGACAGUAAGUAUCUGAUUCCAGAACAGCUGUAAUAAAGACAGUCACAUGUUUAGUGGUUCACCGUGCACAUAAAAAUUAUGUUUACACGCCGAAACCGAUUUGGCUCAAUGGAUAGAGCGUCGGUCUGCGGACUGAAAGGUCCCAGGUUUGAUUCUAGUCAAGGGCAUGUACGUAAAAAAUCUCUGUAAAAAAUCAAUAAAAUAUAUUUUUAAACAAUAUGUUAACAGUACAUCACUAUAGUCCAUGAACUGUGCGAUUUCAUUAUGUUUCAAACAAUUUUAACAAACUUGUGUUGCCCAAGCCCGUGUGGUGCAGUGGUUUAAGCAUUGGUCUAUGUACCAGAAAGGUAGCAGGUUUGAUUCCAGGUCAAGGACAGAUAUCUGGGAUACAGGUCCAUCUUCAGUCCCAUUGAGGCCCCUUGGGCAAGCAAUCCCUGUGUCUCAUACUGAUGGUCCUCUCUUUUAUUCCCUCCCCCAACCCUCCACUCUAAAAACCAAUGCAAAAAAUACCCUCUGG